CGUAGUCCUUUUCAGGAGCAGGGAGAAAAAAAAAACACUUGAGGAGUGCUGUGUGCAGCCAAUCGUCAUUACAUUAAACGCUGGAAGUAGGAGGCUGGACCUGAGAGCCAAAACAUGGCGAAAUAACAAGUUUCGCAGGUAGAAGCCGCGACGUACCUGGCACCGUGGGACUGCAGUUUCGAUAGAGCUGGACGCCGGCGGAGACGACGGCAACCAUUAACUUUACCGAGCGGAUAGCCGCAGCCUUUUUAAGUGUUGCGAACAUAGAGCCCUGUCUGUGUUUCCUCCGGAAGGUUGGCAGUGCUAGGCGCGACUGUCAACACAGGGAAAAAUGGACUGAGAGGGAAAGUUUAUCCUGGGGGAAGAAGGAGGACAGUUUAGCCUGCUAGCUCGGUUACGUUAGCCACGGGCUGGGUUGAAGGCACACACCUGGGUCGGUACUCUGAUUACUUUGCGGUCUGCUUGAAAAAGUGGGAGAUUUUAUUUCGGUUUUUUUUCCUCUUUGGAGUUGUCGUUUAAAGUUUGACGAGAAGGAGCUUUUUUUUUUUUUUUUCUUUUUCGACGAGUCUAUUAUUUGAAUUGCUCCGCUUGGAUUUAACAGCAGUAAGGCGGCUGUGGUGCCAGUUUGACGUUCGGUUCUGGUGCGGACGGAUCCGGACGCCAUCACAUCACAGGCGUUGCGUUCUUCUUAAAAAAAAAAACCGCUGCGUUAAAUAGCCGUUAAUGUGUAAUUUUUUUUAUAUUGUCAGCUGGUAGGAGGUGCUUUUUUCUCUUAUUUAUCCGUGCUUGUAUCAUUUUUUUGUUUUUUAUCAGAUGUGUUUUUAGCAGCUGGGAUGCUUUACAGCAGCGGAGACGCGGCGUCUUCUUGUCAAAAUGAACGCAGCAAGGUGUUCAACAACAGCGGAGGUGCGCUGCGUUUAAAGACAACCAGUUGUUAGCUCGCUGCCGGCGGAACCGGGACGGUGCCAUUUUGUCCUAAAAUCUUAUUUUUACACUCGUGUUUCCGUCAGAAUUUCUUGCAGACAUUUUUUUUCUCCUCCCCACCAUUCUUCUUUAUAAACCAACUGCGGAGAACACCACAGCCCUCGGCCAGAGUUGACUAGAGCUAGCCUGCUGGGUGCGUCUGAGGCAGCCCACCCCACCUGCGAUGGGCCCGCGACACUAAAGUGUUCCGCAUUUAUAUACAAAAAAAAAAAAUCAGUUUUGCUGUAUGGUCUCGUUAGAAUAGGCUCGUGAGCAGCCACUUGUUUUUAUUUUUAAUUUUUCCCCCCCCUCCUGUCAAAGUUAUUCUUCUAAUAAGUGGCUAACCUGUUAGCCAUCGUCAUAACUUUGGCCAGCUAUGUCUGAAAACGCCCCCACAAGAAGCCUGGAUGACAUAGACCUCGCAGCUCUCAGGGAUCCAGCAGGAAUCUUUGAGCUGGUCGAGGUUGUCGGCAAUGGGACAUAUGGGCAAGUGUACAAGGGCCGUCACGUGAAGACAGGCCAGCUGGCUGCCAUCAAAGUGAUGGAUGUUACAGAGGAGGAGGAAGAAGAGAUCAAAGCAGAGAUCAACAUGCUAAAAAAGUACAGCCACCACCGCAACAUAGCCACGUAUUACGGUGCCUUUGUGAAGAAGAGCCCACCAGGACAGGACGAUCAACUCUGGCUGGUGAUGGAGUUCUGCGGAGCCGGCUCCGUCACCGACUUGGUGAAAAACACGAAAGGCAGCACUUUGAAGGAAGACUGGAUUGCUUACAUCUGCAGAGAGAUCCUAAGGGGCCUUUCUCACCUGCACGCCCAUAAAGUCAUCCACCGAGACAUCAAAGGCCAGAACGUGCUGCUGACGGAGAAUGCAGAGGUCAAGCUAGUGGAUUUCGGGGUGAGCGCUCAGCUCGACAGGACCGUCGGACGCAGGAACACCUUCAUCGGCACUCCUUACUGGAUGGCACCCGAGGUCAUCGCCUGCGAUGAGAAUCCUGACUCCACUUACGACUAUAGGAGCGAUAUUUGGUCUUUGGGGAUUACGGCCAUAGAGAUGGCAGAGGGAGCUCCUCCUUUGUGUGACAUGCACCCAAUGAGGGCCCUCUUUCUGAUUCCAAGGAACCCCCCUCCAAAGCUUAAAUCCAAGAAAUGGUCAAAGAAAUUUAUCGAGUUUAUAGAAGGCUGUCUCGUCAAGACCUACCACAGCCGGCCAAGCACAGAGCAGCUGCUCAAGCAUUCGUUCAUCAGAGACCAGCCCACCGAACGGCAGGUCCGAAUCCAGCUCAAAGAUCACAUUGACCGCACGCGCAAAAAGAGGGGAGAGAAAGAAGAGACUGAGUACGAGUACAGCGGCAGUGAUGAGGAGGAUGAAAAUCGUGGCGACGACAGAGAAUCAAGUUCCAUUCUGAACGUGCCCGGUGAGUCCACCCUGAGGCGGGACUUCCAGCGGCUGCAGCAGGAGAACAAGGAGCGCACGGAGGCUCUGAAGAGGCAGCAGGCCCAACUGGCUGCCCAGCGCCGCGACCCCGAGGAACACAAGCGGCAGCUGCUGCACGACCGACAGAAACGCAUCGAAGAGCAGAAGGAACAACGGCGCCGACUUGAAGAGAGAGAGGAGACGGCAACACAAGGGGAACAACAGCGAAAAGAGCGAGAGAUGGUGAGGCAGCAAGAAAAAGGUCCCCAUCGGAGACUCGACGAUAUGAGACGAGAGGAAGAUAGGAGGAUGGCAGAGAGGGAGCAGGAGUUUAUCAGGCACAAGUUAGAAGAAGAGCAGCGGCAGUUAGAAAUCCUUCAGCAGCAGUUGCUUCAGGAGCAGGCGCUGCUUAUGGAGUACAAGCGAAAGCAGCUGGAGGAGCAGCGGCAGUCGGAGAGGCUGCAGAGGCAGCUUCAGCAGGAGCAUGCCUACCUGGUGUCUCUGCAGCAACAGCAGCAGGAAAAGAAGCCCCAGCUUUACCACUAUAACAAAAACCUCGAGCCCAACAACAAACCUACCUGGGCCCGAGAGGUGCAGGAGCGAACUAAACUAAACAGGCAGGGGUCACCCAAAAUCUGCACCACAGUGUCUGACACCGCCAUCCAGUCGCGCUCAGACUCCAUCAGUCAAUCGGGAAUGGUCCAGUCUGCACAAACGCCACCGAUGCAGAGGCCCGUAGAACCCCAAGGGGGUCAGGGAAAGUUCCAGAUGGCUCACUUGGUUCCACUGAAGCCUUACGCUGCCCCUGUCCCUCGCUCCCAGUCCCUCUGUGACCAGCCCACUAAGAACAUGUCCGCCUUCCCCACCCAGGAUCCUUCCCCCACACCCCGCCCCAUCCAUUCCAGGGAGCUCGUCCGUCAGAACUCAGAUCCCACCUCUGAAACCCCGGGGCCGCAGUUGCACCAGAUCAGGGAGGACCGUGGCCCCUGGAUCCGCCUGCCAGACGUAGAACUCCCACCCAAGAUUCCCCAGAGAACUGCGUCCAUUGCCACAGCUCUUAACACCAACCUUACCUCUGGCAUUAGGCAUCCUGUAAGAGCCAGUAAUCCAGAUCUCAGCCGCAAUGAUCGCUGGGAGAGAGGAGACAGUAUGAGCAUCAUAUCCGGUCUGCCCCAGACGGGCUCUCUAGAGAGGCAUCGCAUCCUCAGUACCUCCAAAAUGGAUUCACCAAUGCUCUCCCAUGAAAGUCGCCAUAAACCAGGGGAGUCCCGUACAUCCUCUCGUCCUGGGCGACCUGCUAGCUACAAGAGGGCUAUAGGGGAGGACCAUGGCCUCUACGCUAAGGAGCGUGCCGAGGAGCCUCCCCGGCCCCCCGUCAAAGCCAACGAUUACUCCUCAUCUUCAGAGAGCAGCGAGAGUAGUGAAGAAAGCGAGAGUGGCGAGGGACCAGAGGAGGAGGAAAGCCCGACUGAUCGCCACAGAGAUGCAGACAGUGAUUCAGUCAACACCAUGGUGGUUCAUGAGGAUGAGGGCGAGGUGGCAGAGGGAGAGCAAGCUGGAGGAUAUGGGGACCAGACCAUGCUGGUUCAGAGAACCCCAGAGAAGAGGAGCCAUAAUGGAUACACUAACUUGCCAGAUGUGGUGCAGCCCUCCCAUUCUCCCACCGAAUCAACAUCUCACUCCUCUCCAGGAAAAGACUCUGUUUAUGAUUAUCAAUCCAGGGGUUUGGUGAAGGCAUCUGGGAAGUCUUCCUUCACCACUUUCGUGGAUCUCGGCAUGUACCAGUCACCAGGUGGCACAGGGGACAACAUUUCAAUCAGUGGCUCCAGAUUUGAGCAGCUGAAGAUGGAGGUGCGGAAAGGCUCCAUGGUGAAUGUGAAUCCUACCAACACGCGCCCUCCUAACGACACACCCGAGAUCCGCAAGUACAAGAAGAGGUUCAACUCUGAGAUCCUGUGUGCUGCACUUUGGGGUGUGAACCUGUUGGUGGGCACAGAGAACGGCUUAAAGCUGCUGGACCGUAGUGGUCAAGGGAAAGUUUACCCACUCAUUAACUCCCGCCGCUUCCAACAAAUGGAUGUUCUGGAGGGCCUCAACUUGCUCAUCACCAUAUCAGGCAAGAAGAACAAGGUACGUGUCUACUACCUGGCAUGGCUGAGGAAUAAGAUCCUCCACAAUGACCCGGAGGUGGAAAAGAAGCAGGGUUGGACCACUGUGGGGGAAAUGGAGGGCUGUGUACACUACAAAGUGGUGAAAUACGAGAGGAUAAAGUUCCUGGUGAUUGCUUUAAAGAAUGCGGUGGAGGUUUAUGCUUGGGCGCCCAAACCUUAUCACAAAUUCAUGGCCUUCAAGUCCUUCGCAGACCUGCCACACAGGCCUGUGCUGGUUGACCUGACGGUAGAAGAGGGCCAGAGGUUGAAGGUCAUCUACGGUUCCUGUGCUGGGUUCCAUGCCAUCGACGUGGACUCUGGCAAUAACUAUGACAUUUACAUCCCUGUUCAUAUCCAAAGCCAAGUGACCCCGCACGCCAUUGUGUUCCUGCCCAACUCCGAUGGCAUGGAGAUGCUGCUUUGCUACGAGGACGAAGGCGUUUACGUCAACACCUACGGGCGCAUCAUAAAGGACGUGGUCCUGCAGUGGGGCGAGAUGCCCACGUCUGUCGCUCAUAUCUGCUCAAACCAGAUUAUGGGCUGGGGUGAAAAGGCCAUUGAGAUCCGCUCUGUAGAGACCGGUCACCUGGACGGGGUCUUCAUGCACAAGAGGGCUCAGAGACUGAAGUUCCUUUGUGAAAGAAAUGACAAGGUGUUCUUUGCUUCGGUGCGUUCAGGAGGCAGCAGCCAGGUGUACUUCAUGACUCUGAACAGAAACUGCAUCAUGAACUGGUGAAGCGGCAGCUGCUUCGGUCCGUGCGUAGAG